AUGUUGUCGGUUCCAGCAUUGCACGUGAGCUCCAGCCCCAGCACAGACGACACAGACAAAGAGAGUCUCAUUGCUGAUGUCAAUCGCAAGCGCUGUAAUUUCUGUUGCUCGGCUUGCACGUUGGAGCUAAGGACCGAUGCAGGCAUGUACUUGCAUGCCGGGCCUGAGAUUGGCGUUGCAUCAACGAAGGCAUUCACAUGCCAGGCAGCCAAGCCGCAUUCCAGUGUUUCGCAGGCUGCCAGAAGUUCCUUCAGAUUUGCACAGGUUGUUGCGCUCCUCUUGAUGGCGCUUCGUCUUGGAAAGCAGCGAGGAGUUCUGUCAGAAGCGAUGUAUUUCCGGUUGGCCACAAAUGCAAUCUUCAGUGGAAUGGGUAUCCACUAUCCAGUUGCUCUGGAAGGUGCCUUGAAACUGAAGGACGGUCUCCUGCUUUUCUUGGCCUUGGGGCGUAGAGGGUCUGUUUUCAGCGUGUUGCAGGAGAUCUCCUACAUCCAUGCUGAGGGCUUUCCUGCGUCAGAAAUCAGGAGAGUGCAUCCGCUCCAAUCCAUCGAAAGAUUUUCACGAGCGAUUCUUGUGAGCAGGCAUGGCAGCAUCACCUUGAUCAGAAACUUUGUGCCUCAAAUGUGCCGGGGCAGGUCUAAAGAUGCAGCUGUCGUUGUGCUCACAGAUGAUGGGAACACAGACUUCAGCAGCGAGCCUUCGGCAGCAGCAGAGCAAGCUGUUGAUGCGCGCUUUGUGUGCAUUCAACUGGCCAAAGCCGCGCCAAGCGUGUCAUCCAAGAUUGCCCACUUUACCUUGCAUUGUCCCGACACGAAGCUGGAGCUGCAACCUCUGAUGUGCUGCAUCCCACUGCAGCUCCUGUCAUACUACAUUGCAGACAUGCGAGGUUGUUCAAUCGAUCAACCUCGCAAUCUCGCUAAGAGUGUUACUGUAGAGUGA